AUGGAUGCAGCGUCCGAGUGUGCACAGCUGGACGGAGGACUGGUGCUGGUCCGCCGGCGGCCCCCAGCCCCCCCAGGCCUGCUGGAGACGCUGAAGGGGCGGCUGCGGCAGAGCUGUGCGUGUGGGGGCCGGCGGGCCCAGGAGCUGCUGCAGGACCUAGUGCCCGUCACGCGCUGGCUGCCCCGCUACCGGCCGCGGGAGGACCUGGCGGGCGACGUCAUGUCGGGGCUGGUCAUCGGCAUCAUCCUGGUGCCUCAGGCCAUCGCCUACUCGCUGCUGGCCGGCCUGCAGCCCCUCUACAGCCUCUACACCUCCUUCUUCGCUAACCUCAUCUACUUCCUGCUGGGCACCUCCCGCCACGUGUCUGUGGGCAUCUUCAGCCUGCUCUGCCUCAUGGUGGGCCAGGUGGUGGACCGCGAGCUCCAGAUGGCCGGCUUUGACCCUGCCCAGGGGGCUCUGGGGACCAACGACAGCGCCCUCAACACCUCAGCCCUUGGGCUGUCACCUGGCCCCCAGGACUGUGGGCGGGACUGCUACGCCAUCCGUGUGGCAACGGCCCUUACCCUGAUGGCUGGGAUUUACCAGGUCCUCCUCGGGGUCCUCCGGCUGGGCUUCCUUUCUGCCUACCUCUCCCCUCCCCUGCUGGACGGCUUCGCCAUGGGGGCCUCGCUGACCAUCCUGACCUCGCAGGUCCGGCACCUGCUGGGCGUGCGCAUCCCACGGCACCAGGGCCCGGGCAUGGUGCUGAGCACCUGGCUGAGUCUCCUGCACAGCAUCCCCCGGGCCAACCUGUGCGACGUGCUCACCAGUGCCGUGUGCCUGGCCGUGCUGCUGGCUGCCCGGAAGCUCGCCGACCGCUACCGGCACCGCCUGAGGGUGCCGCUGCCCACGGAGCUGGUGGUCAUCGUGGUGGCCACGCUGGUGUCCCACCUGGGCCAGUUCCACCAGCGCUUCGGCUCCAGCGUGGCCGGGGACAUCCCCACCGGCUUCCUCCCUCCGCAGGCGCCCGACGCCCGGCUGAUGUGGCGCGUGGCGCUGGACGCUGUGCCCGUGGCCCUGGUGGGCGCCGCCUUCUCCAUCUCGCUGGCAGAGAUGUUCGCCCGCAGCCACGGCUACUCCGUCCGCGCCAACCAGGAGCUCCUGGCCGUGGGCUGCUGCAACGUGGUGCCCGCCUUCUUCCACUGCUUCGUCACCAGCGCCGCCCUGGCCAAGACCCUGGUGAAGACGGCCACCGGCUGCCGCACGCAGCUGUCCAGCGUGGUGAGCGCUGCCGUGGUGCUGCUGGUGCUGCUGGCCCUGGCGCCGCUCUUCCGGGACCUGCAGAGGUGCGUGCUGGCCUGUGUCAUUGUGGUCAGCCUGCGCGGGGCCCUGCGCAAGGCGGGCGACCUCCCGAGGCUGUGGCGGCUCAGCCCGGCCGAUGCGCUGGUCUGGGGGGUCACUGCAGCCACCUGCGUGCUGGUCAGCGUGGAGGCGGGGCUGCUGGCCGGCGUGCUGCUGUCCCUUUUCAGUCUGGCUGGUCGCACGCAGCGGCCCCACGCUGCCCUGCUGGCUCGCGUGGGCGGCUCCACCUUCUAUGAGGACACAGUGGAGUUUGAGGGCCUCGUCCCGGAACCCGGGGUGCAGGUCUUCCGUUUUGCGGGGCCCCUUUACUACGCCAACAAGGACUUCUUCCUGCGUUCGCUGUAUGGCCUCACCGGGCUGGAUGUGGGGCGGGCGGCCGCCAGGAGGCGGGAGCUGGAGGCGCGGGCUGGCAAGGGGGGCGGCCGGGGUGGCAAGGACCCAGGCCCGAUGGGCACCUCGUCUGCGCUGGUGCCCUCAGCGGCCAGUUUCCACACAGUGGUCAUCGACUGCGCUCCGCUGCUGUUCCUGGACGUGGCCGGCCUGGCCGCGCUACAAGGCUUGCGCCGGGACUACGCCGCCCUGGGCAUCGCCCUGCUGCUGGCCGGCUGCAGCCCGGUGGUCAGGGGCGUGCUGACCCGAGGGGGCUUCCUGGGGGCGGACGAGGGAGACGCGGCCGAGGACGAGCAGCUGUUCCACAGCGUGUACAGCGCCGUGCGGGCGGCCCGGGCCCGCCAGGGGGAGCUGGCCGCUGCCCACUCCACCGUGUAG